AUGUUUCGCCUUAAUUCACUUGCUACACUGGCGGAACUGGCUCUGGGCUCUCGAUGGUACCAUGGAGGGUCCCAGUCCACUCAGGUUAGGAGACGACUAAUGAUGGCAGCUUUCCUGGGAGCAUCUGCAGUAACUGCGAGUACCGGGCUCUUGUGGAAGAGGGCUCAUGCAGAAUCUCCAUCAUCAGUAAACAACCUGAAGACUGAAGGAAAGAGUAAAGAUGAAGGGGAAGUUUGUGACCCUGAAAAAAAGGCUGCAGAUACUUGUCUUGAGCCUUAUCCAGAAGAGAAAAAGAAGAAACGUUCUGGAUUCAGAGACAGAAAAGUGAUGGAAUAUGAGAACAGAAUUCGCGCCUACUCUACACCUGACAAAAUCUUCCGGUAUUUUGCUACCUUGAAAGUUAUCAGUGAGCCUGGUGAAUCUGAAGUGUUUAUGACUCCACAAGAUUUUGUGCGAUCCAUAACACCCAAUGAGAAGCAACCAGAACAUUUGGGCCUGGAUCAGUAUAUAAUAAAACGCUUUGAUGGAAAGACAGAGAAAAUUUCCCAGGAACGAGAAAAAUUCGCUGAUGAAGGCAGUAUAUUUUACACGCUUGGAGAAUGUGGGCUCAUAUCUUUUUCAGACUACAUUUUCCUUACUACUGUUCUUUCAACUCCCCAGAGAAAUUUUGAAAUUGCCUUCAAGAUGUUUGACUUGAAUGGAGAUGGAGAAGUAGACAUGGAGGAGUUUGAACAGGUUCAGAGCAUCAUUCGCUCCCAAACCAGCAUGGGGAUGCGUCACAGAGAUCGUCCUACCACUGGUAACACCCUCAAAUCCGGCUUGUGUUCAGCCCUUACAACCUACUUUUUUGGAGCUGAUCUCAAGGGGAAACUGACCAUCAAAAACUUCCUGGAAUUUCAACGCAAACUUCAGCAUGAUGUUCUGAAGUUAGAGCUGGAAAAACUCCUAGCCUACUCAUCAGCCUGCCGGACAGUUCCUUUUUCGGAGACAUAG